AUGGGAAAUUUAGACAAAGAAAAAAUGAAAAAUUAAUAAUUAAAAUUAAGUACUAUUAUUAUUACUAAUUUCGAUUGAGUUGGUGUAAAAUUGAAAAUGGGGGAUAGAACAAAAUUUUAAAAAGGAAGCAGUGAAAUGGCUUCCUUAUAGAAAAAAAAAAAUUAAAAGCUAGAGGAUAUAUUAGAGAGGAUCAUUAUAAAAUAGCAAAUGGGAUAAAAUAUCUGA